AUGUCCACUGUUACCAAAGUCUUUGCAAGAUCUGUCUAUGAUUCCAGAGGUAACCCAACUGUUGAAGUUGAAUUAACCACUGCUGAAGGUGUCUUUAGAACCAUUGUUCCAUCUGGUGCAUCUACCGGUGUCCACGAGGCUCUAGAACUAAGAGAUGGCGACAAGUCCAAGUGGUUAGGCAAGGGUGUCACCAAGGCUGUCGACAAUGUCAACAAGAUUAUUGCGCCAGCUUUAGUUGAGGCAAAGAUUCCAGUUACUGAACAAUUGAAGAUUGACCAAUUCUUGAUCAACCUUGACGGUACUCCAAACAAGGGUAAGCUGGGUGCAAAUGCCAUUCUUGGUGUCUCCCUGGCUGUUGCUAAGGCUGCUGCAGCUUAUGAGAAGGUUCCAUUAUACCAAUACAUCCAUAAGAUCUCCGGUUCCAAGGAUGCUUAUGUCUUGCCAGUUCCAUUUAUGAAUGUCGUCAAUGGUGGUUCCCACGCGGGCGGUUCCCUUGCCUUCCAAGAAUUCAUGAUUGCUCCAACCGGUGCUGAAUCCUUCUCUGAAGCUUUGAGAAUGGGUUCUGAAGUUUACCACCACUUGAAGUCUCUGACCAAGAAGACCUACGGUCAAUCCGCUGGUAACGUUGGUGACGAAGGUGGUGUUGCUCCAGAUAUCCACACCCCACAAGAAGCUCUUGACCUGAUUAUGUCUGCUAUUAAGGCUGCAGGUUACGAGGGUAAGAUUGACAUUGCAAUGGACUCUGCCUCCUCCGAAUUCUACAAGAAUGGUAAGUACGACUUGGCUUACAAGGAUCCAAACUCCGACGGUUCCAAGGCCAUCACUGGUUCCCAAUUAGGUGACUUGUACGCUGAAUUGUGUAAAAACUACCCAAUUGUCUCCUUGGAAGAUCCAUUUGCAGAAGAUGACUGGGAAACCUGGACUAACAACUUUGAAAAGCUCCCUGUUCAAAUUGUUGCAGAUGACUUAACCGUCACCAACCCACAAAGAAUCAAGACUGCUAUUGAAAAGAAGGCUGCUUCUGCUUUGUUAUUGAAGGUCAACCAAAUUGGUACCUUGUCUGAAUCCAUCCAAGCUGCUAACGACUCCUUUGCAGCAGGUUGGGGUGUCAUGGUUUCCCACAGAUCUGGUGAAACCGAAGAUACCUUCAUUGCAGAUUUGACUGUUGGUUUGAGAACCGGUGAAUUGAAGUCUGGUGCUCCAGCUAGAUCCGAAAGAAUGGCUAAGUACAACCAAUUAUUAAGAAUUGAAGAAGAAUUAGGUGACAAGGCUGUCUACGCUGGUAAGAAGUUCAGAACUGCCCACGAAUUAUAA